AUGGCAGCGGAACAACAACCCAGACGAGCGUUGAAACGUAGCAAGAGUUUGAAGAAUCUGCUCUCCCGAAACGCGAAACCACCGGCGCCAACGGCUGAAGAUGAGGAGCUCCUACCGUGCAGGCCGGUGAAGCAGAAAUACGUGCAGUUUCAUGUUACUACAGACGAUAUACACCUCAGACCCACGACCGCGGGUGCAACGCCAAUUGUGCCACAGCGUACCUCAUCACAACGACAGACAUGGCCGCAGUCCACAGCGGAGCGCAGUAGACCAGGGAGAUACGCUUUCGAAAAUACGCCGACCUUGACACAGACACCCUGGGAGCUGGAACGGCACACGCGCCGACCACGUUCGCAGCGUAUACCGCUGGUUGAUCUGAGACCGUUACCAAAGAACAUCUUCGAGCAUCUGCCGCGCGAAAUAUACCAUUGCAUCCUUGAUCAUGUCGAGUCGUUACACAAGCAGAAGUCGCAGGUGGAUGUGGUGAGCUUGCAUUCGGAUCUGAAAGCGCUAUCGCUGGUGAACAAGCGUUGGCAUCGCGCGGCACGAGAACAUCUGUACCGCGAAGUCUGGCUGCCGAAUAAUGACGACCUACCCAGGCGGACACUGUCUCUGCAUAGGUCCACGACGCGACUGAAACAGCUUCUACGCACGUUGGACGAAUCAGAUGCCUUGGCGUUUAUGGUACGACAUCUGCGAGUGACGGCGAACCUGGCAUGUAUGCUUGAAGGUGUGGACCACACGCAAGCAACGCGACGAGCAACCAUUGAUCUGGUGGCUGCGAUCAUUAAUCGCUGUGCGAAUCUGGAGGACUUCAGCGGAUACAACCCUUCGAUUCGAGAUGCUGCAAGCACUAAGCUAUUCUUCCCGCUAGCGUUGCGGCCAAACAUAAGAUCACACGCGUGGAAUGCGCAGGUAGCACAAUUUGGAGGUCGUCAACUACCCACCUUUGAUGCUGGUGAGGUUCUCGACUGCCAUGAUGACUGGCAAUGGCUUGAGACGCUCGUGAUCUGCUCCAGCUCGGAUUUGAGCUUGGGAUUGGGAUUAGUGGCUGCGAUUGUGCAAAGACUGCCUUCACUCAAGCAUCUCAUGCUGUCUCGCUUGAACCGGCAAGACUUUCACAACGGUACCCUGCUUUCUUUACCGGGCCUUCGAUCACUACGCCUGGAUCAUCUGGACGGACUCACAGAUCAAGGCGUCGAACAGCUCGCGCAUAUGCGUCUAGCAUCUACGGUGGAGAGCCUGAGCUUGAUCGGUCUAGAGUUGACCUCCUUACGAACGAUACAACAGCUCUGGACGAACCUCGGCCGCUUGCGCAAGUUCACAUUGGUUCAGAAUACCUCCCCAGAAAUGCUACCAGGCAUGCAAGCAGCGAACGUCAAUCGCGCACUAGGCUCGGCCACUCUACAAGACCUCCACUGGGACGUCCUAGUAGCCGGCACAGGCACCUCCCUCAUCGCCAACGCCAUCGCAAGCGGCCGUCUCCCAUCUCUCCGCCGCAUCAAGGUCCCCUGCGAUUACGAGGGAGUAGUGCAAGAGCUCUGCCGGCCCAUCGUGCAAGAAACACUUGAUGCCUUGGACCUUGAAAUGAUUGACCGUUUCGACAGCGACAGGUAUGAGCGCUUUCUGCGCCUGUCGCAGAUCCAGGCCCAGCUGCGCAUCCGCGAGAGUAGACAACAGCCCGCGUUCAACGUUGUCGUGCAUGAUGAGCAUAAGCGUGUCUCAGCUACGCACGUCAUUGGGAGUUAUGUAGGCGAUAUGGAGAGUCAGGUCGAGUAUACACUCGAGCCUGAUGUCGAGGGGAGUCAUGAUGCGCUGAUCGAUUUCGCCGAUGUGGAGGCGCCGAAGUGGGUUUAUGAGAGGCGGAAUGAGAUGGAUAGGAGUAUCUUCGGGGAGCAGGCGUUGGAUUUGAAGAUGUUGUUUUGA